AUGUCGCUCGAGAACGCAGACGCGCUAUCGAGUCCGUCUGAAAGCCCGCUUCCGCCAGCGAUUCUGCGGUCCUUGGGCGAUCGUUCAUAUGAUAAACGGAAAAACGCUGCGCUUGAAAUAGAAGCCCUGAUAAAGGCGCUUCAAGAGAACAAUGAUACCGAUCGCAUCUGUUCUGUGAUCGCAAUGUUAGGCCAGGAUUUUGCGACUUCCACCAACGCAAACCAUCGAAAAGGAGGUUUGAUCGGACUCGCAGCUACGGCUAUAGGUCUCAUGCAUGACAUACGUUUGUAUCUUGAUGCUCUUCUCCCACCUGUGUUACAUUGCUUGGACGAUCCAGAAAGCCGCGUGAGGUAUUACUCUUGCGAAUCUCUAUAUAACAUUGCCAAGGUAGCACGAGGACACAUUUUGAGGUACUUCAACCAAAUUUUUGAUGGGUUAUGCAAGCUGUUUGCCGAUGUGGAUAUUGAUGUAAAGAAUGGUGCGAAUCUACUGGACAGACUCAUCAAGGAUGUCGUCACUGAAUCCGAAUCGUUUGAUGUGGAACGAUUUAUACCCUUGCUCCAGAAAUACAUCCGGAGAUCAAAUCCAUACAUACGUCAACUUCUCGUUGGUUGGAUUACAGUGUUAGACUCAGUGCCAGAUAUCAAUAUGCUCGAUUGGCUGCCCGACUUUUUGGACGGCCUAUUUAAUAUGCUUUCUGAUUCGAACAGAGAGAUUCGCCAAGCUGCAGACUCUGCCAUUGCUGGUUUCCUAAAUGAAAUUAAAAAAUCACCAUUAAUCAAUGUCACAACAAAGAACGUUUUAACCGUCUCACGGCCAUUACCUGGCUGA